GGGGAGAGGGCGGGCACGCGCCCGGGGGGGCGUGGCCUGCGCCCGGAGCCCAGGCAGGAGGAGGGUCUUCCUUAAGGAACUGCUGCCAGGACAGGGCAGAGGAUUGCAGUAAUUAUCACUCUCUGCUAAUGAGGACCAGGCCGUGGUUCACUCGAGCCCCGCCCCAGUAGUAAUCUAAUUCCAACCGCGGCCCUCUCAGAAGUCGGUCUCCGCCUUUGCGCCUCAGCCUCUCUGUACUCCAGCCCCCAGAAGUCGGCGCGGCACGGCGUGACCUGCGCAGUGGCGUCCGUUGUAAGUGCUAUGACAACAGGGCGAAGAUGUCUCAGAGUUAGGCUGGAGAGGGGAGGUGUCCCUUCCGCUGCGGCCGUCGGGUUUCUGCUACAUCCCAUUCACCGCCUCCUCCAUCCUUUUCUCCUCGGUGUGAGCAGCAGGACUUGCAUUUGUUCUCGCCUGCCUAGUGUCUUCCAAGGGAUAGAUGCCGUUUCCUCUGCUGGUCUCUGGGGGUGACGGGGGGCGCAGGGGAGCUUCUUGGGGGAAUCACUCCAACUCUGUGGAGCUGGUGGUGCUGCCUGGUGGGGCUCUCUCUUUGCCCGGGACGUGGAACAACUUUCAGCUGGAGGACGAGAGGGAAUAGUGAAGCUAAAGGUUGCUUUUCUCUGCACCCUCCGUUCUUGCUCCCUCUGCUCCAUCACUGGGACCUUGUCAGGCGUUCAUAAAGCAAAAUUUGCCGAACGAGGGUUCGCAGAAAGGUGGGGCAGAGCUCAUCUGACGUGGCAUCAGUGUGAAAGAAAAUGUCUUUAUUUAAAGCCCGUGAUUGGUGGUCUACUAUUCUGGGAGAUAAAGAAGAAUUUGAUCAAGGCUGUUUGUGUCUGGCUAAUGUUGACAAUAGUGGAAAUGGACAAGAUAAAAUAAUUGUGGGUAGCUUUAUGGGAUACCUAAGGAUCUUUAGCCCCCAUCCUGCAAAAACAGGAGAUGGAGCUCAAGCCGAAGAUUUGCUUCUAGAAGUGGAUCUACGAGAUCCAGUACUUCAAGUGGAAGUAGGAAAGUUUGUUUCAGGUACUGAAAUGCUGCAUUUGGCUGUGUUACAUUCUAGAAAACUUUGUGUCUACUCUGUCUCAGGAACCUUGGGUAAUGUGGAACAUGGGAACCAAUGUCAGAUGAAAUUGAUGUAUGAACAUAAUCUUCAGAGAACAGCCUGCAAUAUGACCUAUGGAUCAUUUGGUGGUGUAAAAGGUCGAGAUUUAAUUUGCAUCCAGUCUAUGGAUGGGAUGCUGAUGGUAUUUGAGCAGGAGAGCUAUGCUUUUGGAAGAUUUCUCCCUGGCUUUCUUCUGCCUGGUCCUCUUGCCUACAGUUCCCGUACAGAUUCCUUCCUUACUGUCUCUUCCUGCCAACAAGUGGAAAGUUAUAAGUACCAGGUACUUGCUUUUGCAACAGAUGCAGAUAAAAGGCAGGAGACUGAACAGCAAAAACUUGGUUCUGGAAAAAGACUAGUUGUGGAUUGGACUCUAAAUAUUGGAGAGCAAGCCCUUGACAUAUGUAUUGUCUCUUUCAAUCAGUCGGCAUCCUCUGUUUUUGUUCUUGGUGAGAGAAACUUUUUUUGCCUUAAGGAUAAUGGACAAAUUCGAUUCAUGAAGAAGCUUGAUUGGAGCCCAAGUUGUUUUCUGCCAUAUUGCUCAGUUUCUGAAGGAACAAUAAAUACUUUGAUUGGAAAUCAUAAUAACAUGCUGCAUAUUUAUCAAGAUGUGACACUGAAGUGGGCCACCCAACUUCCCCACAUUCCUGUAGCAGUAAGAGUGGGCUGUUUGCAUGAUUUAAAGGGAGUGAUAGUCACUCUGAGUGAUGAUGGUCACUUGCAGUGUUCAUACCUGGGGACAGAUCCUUCUCUGUUCCAAGCUCCAAACGUUCAAUCUCGAGAACUAAACUAUGAUGAACUUGAUGUAGAAAUGAAAGAACUUCAGAAAAUCAUCAAAGAUGUUAACAAAUCACAAGGUGUUUGGCCCAUGACUGAGAGAGAAGAUGACUUGAACGUUUCUGUCGUGGUUUCUCCUAACUUUGAUUCAAUUUCUCAAGCGACCGAUGUUGAGGUGGGAACUGACCUUGUCCCUUCUGUCACGGUGAAGGUCACACUGCAGAACAGAGUGAUAUUGCAAAAAGCCAAAUUAUCAGUCUACGUGCAACCACCAUUAGAAUUGACUUGUGAUCAGUUCACCUUUCAAUUUAUGACACCAGAUUUGACUAGAACAGUAAGCUUUUCUGUUUAUCUGAAAAGAAGUUAUACACCAUCAGAAUUGGAAGGAAAUGCUGUUGUUUCUUAUUCCAGACCAACAGGCAUUCCGCGAGUUAUCCAGUGUAAAUUUAGACUUCCCCUAAAGUUAAUUUGCCUACCAGGUCAGCCUUCAAAAACUGCAAGCCACAAAAUUACUAUUGAUACCAACAAAUCUCCAGUCAGUCUUCUUAGUCUCUUCCCAGGUUUUGCCAGUCAGUCAGAUGAUGAUCAGGUGAAUGUAAUGGGUUUUCACUUCUUAGGAGGUGCUCGAAUUACUGUUCUUGCUUCCAAAACUUCUCAACGAUAUCGCAUUCAGAGUGAGCAAUUUGAAGAUCUUUGGCUCAUAACCAAUGAGCUUAUUCUUCGCCUUCAAGAAUAUUUUGAAAAACAGGGAGUCAAAGAUUUUGCAUGUUCUUUUUCGGGAUCUAUACCCCUUCAAGAAUAUUUUGAGUUGAUUGAUCAUCAUUUUGAGCUACGGAUAAAUGGUGAAAAAUUAGAAGAACUCUUAUCUGAGAGAGCUGUACAAUUUCGGGCCAUUCAACGCCGGCUACUAGCAAGAUUUAAAGAUAAAACUCCUGCCCCUCUUCAACACCUGGACACCUUGUUAGAUGGAACCUACAAGCAGGUAAUUGCUCUAGCAGAUGCAGUGGAGGAAAACCAAGGCAAUCUGUUCCAGUCAUUCACCAGGCUGAAGAGUGCCACCCAUUUGGUGAUUCUGCUGAUCGCGCUGUGGCAGAAGCUUAGUGCUGACCAGGUUGCUAUUCUGGAAGCGGCAUUUCUGCCGCUACAAGAAGACACUCAAGAAUUGGGCUGGGAAGAAACGGUGGAUGCCGCCAUUUCCCACCUGUUGAAGACUUGCCUGUCGAAGAGUUCUAAGGAGCAGGCUAUGAACCUCAACAGCCAGCUGAACAUACCCAAAGACACAAGCCAACUGAAGAAACAUAUCACCUUGCUCUGCGAUAGAUUAGCCAAAGGUGGCCGUCUCUGCCUAAGUACCGAUGCAGCAGCCCCACAGACCAUGGUCAUGCCAGGUGGUUGUACUACAAUCCCAGAGUCAGACCUAGAAGAAAGAUCAGUAGAACAAGACUCUACAGAACUGUUUACCAACCACAGACAUCUCACUGCAGAGACACCCAGGCCUGAAGUUUCACCCCUCCAAGGAGUCUCGGAAUAAUUCAAGUAGAGUUGUUUGGUUGAGAGGAACAUCCCCAUCUCAAGGCCGAACCUGUGUGAACCUCAUGCCAAGCACAGAUAUAGGGCUGGCGCAGGUGCUUCCUAAAGCUUACCUUCCUGGAGAUGACAUGCAUAGAAAGAGGGGUUGGGACUUUUUACUUCACUAGGAGGACUUGUAACACCAUGGGGAAGUCAGCUGAAACUUGUCUUGUUUUGCCAGGAAAGGAAGUAGUUGCCUUUGGUCAUCCAUGUGCUGAUAGUCACAGAAUACAGUGAGAUGACAUAGUUUUGGGUUAGAUUUUAUAAUGCAAAGAUUCAGAUCCAAAAUAAUUUCAUACCCCAUUUUUUCACAGAAUUCUUAUAUAGUAAAUGUAUGAAGUUUAAUAAAGCAUCUCAUUGUCAAAUAAUAUCUUGGAUUUUAUUUAUAAUUAGAGGGAUUUAUGAGUGAUUGGUCUACAUUAUUUCUUCAAAGGAAAGGAAAGGAAUUGAAGACUUUGCUACUCUCUGGUAAGACUUGAAUGUGAUUAUUUUAUAAAUAAAAGAACCACCAUGAAACUUU